GGUCUCUGGAGCCCUAGGAGCCUCACAGGCCUGGGAAGGAGGGAGGGCUCAUUUGGUGGUGGGGACGCCUGCAUGGGCACUGAGCAGGAGGGGAGGCCGCCAAGACAUUAGCUCUCUGCCGCGCUCUGGCUCGUCCUGUAGACAAGCACCAGCGGCAGCUGGGCUCACCCCUGAGCCUCACCCUGCGCAGGGGCUCUGAAUGUCGCCGCCCCCAUGAGAACACUGGCCUGGCCUCCUAUCCUUGAGCCUCUGCUUGCGGAGACUGAGCCAUGUGGGUCUGGGCCUGGGCUGCUGGAGCCCUGCUCUGGCUACAGACCGCAGGAGUCCGGGCGCGGCAGGAACCCAAGAAGCCUCGGCAGCUGGCUGUGCGUGUGGAGUCCCCCAAUAUUACCACAUCCAACCACGAGGGAUUGCCAGGCUCCUUCAAGCCACCAGAAGCCUCUGGGCCUGAGCUCUCAGAUGCCCACAUGACGUGGCUGAACUUUGUCCGCCGGCCAGAUGAUGGGGCCUCUCGGAAACGGUGCCGUGGCCGGGACAAGAAGUCGCGAGGUUUCUCGGGUCUCCCAGGGCCCCCGGGACCCCCUGGCCCUCCUGGUCCCCCUGGCUCCCCUCGUGUGGAAUUCACCCCAGAGGCCUUGCUGCAAGAAUUUCAAGAGAUGCUAAAAGAGGCCGCGGAACUUCGAUUCUCAGGGCUACCAGACACAUUGUUACCCCAGAAACCCAGCCAGCAGCUGGUGGUUGAAGCCUUCCACUGCCGCUUGAAAGGCCCUGUGCUGGUGGACAAGAAGACGCUGGUGGAGCUAAAAGGAUUCCAGGCCCCUACUACCCAGGGUGCCUUCCUGCGAGGAUCUGGCCUGAGCCUGGCCUUGGGCCGAUUCACAGCCCCAGUCUCUGCCAUCUUCCAGUUUUCUGCCAGCCUGCACGUGGACCACAGUGAACUGCAGGGCAGAGGCCGGUUGCGUACCCGGGACAUGAUCCGUGUCCUCAUCUGUAUUGAGUCCCUGUGUCAUCGCCACACGUCCCUGGAGGCUGUAUCAGGCCUGGAGAGCAACAGCAGGGUCUUCACGGUGCAGGUUCAGGGACUGCUGCAGCUGCAGUCUGGACAGUAUGUCUCUGUGUUCGUGGACAACAGUUCUGGGGCAGUCCUCACCGUCCAGAACAGCUCCAGCUUCUCCGGACUACUUUUGGGGACAUAGGGGAGCUGAAGAGACAACUGAGGAGCCAACACCUUGCUUCCUAGAGGAGCUGAAAAGGACUGCUUUCCAGUUAAUAGCCUUCAUAGCAAUAAAGAACUCCAGACUUUU